AUGCAUAAAUUGGAACCUGAAGUGAAAAAAUUUGCAUUAUUACCAAAAGUCGCGUCAAAUAUUGGAACAAAUUUAAAACAAAUUGGUAAUUUGUUAAUAACAGAAUGCAUAAAAACAAAUAAUAUAGAAAAGCAAAAUACCACAAAAAAUUUUUUGAAAUUAGUACAAGAAGAUUAUGGAAUAUUUAUAAACAAAACAGUAGAAGAAAAUGUUACACAAUAUAAACAACAGAAAAAAGUUACGCUUCCAUCUAUGGAAGAUAUAAAAAAGCUACACUCAUAUCUAAAAAACGAAAGAAAAUUAUUAUAUGCAAAACUUCAGAAAAAAUUUAUGUACAACACAUGGCUGGAACUUACAAAAGUUACACUUACAUCCACACAAGUUUUUAAUAGAAGAAGAGCAGGAGAGAUUGAACGUGUUACUAUAGAAGAUUUUCAUACUCGCGAAGGUAUAACGAACGAAACCUAUUUAGAUUUAUACAAAUCAUUAGGAACAAAUUUACAACAGGUUGCUGAUAAAUACGUAAGAUUUUUAAUUCGUGGGAAAUUAGGACGCACAGUGCCUGUGAUUUUAGACGUGGAAUUAGUUCGAUGUAUUGAAUUAAUUUUGAAGCAUCGAAAGAAUGCAAAUAUUCCUGAAAAAAAUCCAUAUGUGUUCGGCAUACCUAAUAACACUAGCAAUAAACGCUAUUUCAAAUAUUUAAGAGCGUGUAUUCUUAUGCGAAAUUUUUCUAAAAAAUGUGCACAAAUACCACAUUUAUUAAGAGGUACUGAAUUACGCAAACAUAUUGCUACAACGUGCAUUACGUUAAAUUUAUCUGAAAAUGAAGUGGAUGAUUUGGCAAACUUUAUGGGACAUCACGAAAAAAUUCAUAAACGCCACUACCGUCAAUCAAUACCAGCAAUAGAGAUCAUUCGUAUGACGAAAUUUCUUCAACUAGCAUUAGGUGAAAAUGUGCAACAGCAAUCCAAUAAUAGUGAUUCAGAAGAAGAGAUACAAGGUACCAGUAAAGAUACCUCAAGUGCAGAAUCGGAAAGCGAUGCCGAAUCAUGUGUAAGUUCACGUAAGCCUCCUUCAGUACAAUCUGGAAACAAAUUUCUUACAACUUACAUAACAGACAAGAAACAAAAAUCUGUAAAAAAGAAAACUGUACGCCAAAAUCAUACAAUUGCGAAUAACGAUAAUGAUUCCGAUGAAAGUUAUUCUCCAAAGAUAAAGAAACGUCGCAGUAUAUCCCCAUUUGGUCCAAUAAAAAAAAGACGUUGGACGGAAGAAGAACGUAAUGCAAUAAUUCAAGAAUUUCAAAAAGAAAUUACCAUUUCACAACUGCCAUCGAACAAGAAAAUUCUCCAAAUAAAGGAAAAAAAUAAAUGCUUAGUUAAUCGAUCUGUUGCUCAAAUUAAAACAUGGAUUCAUAACUAUAUAUCUGGCAAAAUUAAACGUCAUUAAUGCACAAAUGUUUAUUAAAAAUAUUUAAAUAUUUAAUUCAAAAACAAUAUGUGGAUUACUUAAAUUUAAAAAAUUGCAAAAAUAAGUAAAAUAUAUAAUAUUAGUUAUUUUGAUACAAUGAAUCAAAUAUUAACGUGUUGUUGCGAGAAUUUCAUAAAAAAAGUUAGAGAAGCGGUACUGCGCAAAGCCAUUUAUUUUAAAAUAUAUCGAUAUUAAAUGUUUAUGAUUAUGUGGGCAAUAUGUUAUUAUAAAUGUAUCAUUAUAUAUGUGUUAUUAUAUAUGCUUAUAUACAGUAUACUAUUGUACCGAAAAUAUUUUAAGUUACCAUAUAAACAGGAGAAAAGGCAAUUAAAAGCUAGCGCAGUAUAAUUUAAACAUAUUUUAUUACAAUUAACUUACAUUGACAUUA